CGUCCACGGCAGGGGCAGCCACAGCCAGCUCCAGCCGCGGCCUGCAUCAGCGCAGGUGGCCGUCGAAUCUUCUUCUCGUGGCCACCUGCUACUGCGGGAGACCUUUGCUGCUCAAACUACUACUGCUGUUGCCGCCGAUGCAGAUGGGUGGUAAGCGGUUGUUGGUGCAGUGGGAGCGGUACGAGUCGGGUGUCCUGGCGCAUCUACGGCGUUUGCUGGCAGCCGAGGCAUUCGUCGACGUCACGCUUUGCUGCCAGGGCCACCGACUGCGCGCACACCGCGUGCUCCUCUCCGCCUGCAGCCCCUACCUACAGCGCAUGCUGCUAGAGCAACCGUGCGGCGUGGGCGAAUCAGUGACUGUGAUCCUGCACGGCAUCAGUCAUGAGGACAUGCGCCGCCUGCUGGACCUCAUAUACACCGGAAGCACCGAGGUGCCGAGCAAUGACUUGUCACGCUUCCUGUGCACCGCUAAGGAGCUCGAUGUCAGCCUGCUGCGGUCAGCGGCACUGCGGAUUUGUGAAGUCGCCGCCUCACCAGCCGCAGAACCCGACAACAGACCCACUGCCAGCACUCUUCCCUCUGUCCCCCCAUCGCUGCCGAAAACGACGUCAGACUCUGCAGUGUCGCCUGCAAAGGAGCGUUCCUUGCCACGCAGCCAGUUGCAGCUGAUGGCCCCUCAACUCUGUGACACUGACUCUACGGACCACUGGCAGCAGGCGCCACCUACCGGUCCUCCUGUACCACCGCCGGCGUGUCGGAGCCCUUUGACGCACUCGUCCUUGCCACCCACAACUACCCACAGCUCCACCCAGGCUGCUGCACAGCCCGCGAUGCAGAUGCAGUGCCACUUCUACACCCCGCCACCUACUGUUACCUUCGUGAGCAAGUCGCCCUGGACCGCGAGUAUGAGCCGGCACAUCCAACCCUGGAUACCACAAAAUGGUGACACAGAACAGGUGUGGUCCUUCACCUGA